AUGCGUGAGGCCAUUUGCAUUCACAUCGGCCAGGGUGGUGUGCAGAUCGGAAACGCCUGCUGGGAGCUCUUCUGCCUCGAGCAUGGCAUCCAGCCGGAUGGUCAGAUGCCAAGCGACAAGACUAUCGGAGGUGGCGAUGACGCCUUCAAUACCUUCUUCUCAGAGACCGGGGCAGGGAAGCAUGUCCCUCGCUGUGUCAUGGUGGAUCUCGAGCCCACAGUCGUGGAUGAAGUUCGCACAGGAACUUACCGCCAGCUGUUCCACCCAGAGCAGCUCAUUUCAGGGAAGGAGGAUGCCGCAAAUAACUUCGCUCGUGGACAUUACACCAUCGGGAAAGAGAUUGUUGACUUGGUGCUUGACAGGAUCCGAAAGCUGGCCGACAACUGCACUGGCUUGCAGGGCUUCUGUGUCUACAAUGCCUGCGGCGGGGGUACCGGCUCGGGCUUGGGCUGCCUGAUGCUUGAGCGCUUGUCCGUGGACUAUGGAAAGAAGAGCAAGAUUUCCUUCACGGUCUGGUGCUGCCCCCAGGUGGCGACAGCAGUCGUCGAGCCGUACAACACGGUCCUGUGCGUCCACUCCCUGUUGGAGCACACAGACGUGACGAUCAUGUACGACAACGAAGCCUUGUAUGACAUUUGCCGCAGGAAUCUGGACAUUGAGCGCCCGACCUACACCAACCUGAACCGCCUCAUUGCUCAGAUCAUCAGCUCCCUUACAGCCAGCCUGCGCUUCGACGGAGCCUUGAACGUCGACAUCACCGAGUUCCAGACGAACCUGGUGCCCUACCCACGCAUCCACUUCAUGCUGACGUCCUACGCCCCGGUCAUUUCCGCGGAGAAGGCCUAUCACGAGCAGCUCUCCGUGGCCGAGAUCACGAUGUCCGUCUUUGAGCCGGCUUCAAUGAUGGUCAAGUGCGAUCCCCGACAUGGGAAGUACAUGGCCUGCUGCAUGAUGUACCGCGGCGACGUGGUGCCCAAGGACGUGAAUGCCGCAGUGGCCACCAUCAAGACCAAGCGCACCAUCCAGUUCGUGGACUGGUGCCCUACCGGCUUCAAGUGCGGCAUCAACUACCAGCCGCCGACGGUGGUUCCAGGUGGAGACUUGGCCAAGGUGAUGCGCGCCUGCUGCAUGAUCUCGAACUCGACGGCCAUUGCGGAAGUCUUCUCCCGCAUCGACCACAAGUUUGACCUGAUGUACUCGAAGCGUGCCUUCGUGCACCACUACGUGGGCGAAGGAAUGGAGGAGGGCGAGUUCUCGGAGGCCAGGGAAGACUUGGCGGCCCUGGAGAAGGACUACGAGGAGGUGGGCAUUGAGACUGCCGAGGGGGAAGGCGAGGAAGAAGGCUACGGAGACGAGUUCUGA